AUGGAUGAGACAGGCUUUCGGAUUGGCAUCGGCAAGGACCAAUCUAUCGUGACCAAGCGCAAGAGGCUUCAUCUCUUUGGCAUGCCUGAGAAUAGGGAGUCUGCCACGGCGAUAGAGUGUAUAUCUGCUGCUGGCGUUGUGAUCCCGGCCUUCUUGAUUCUUUCGGGACAGGUACACAUGGAUCAGUGGUAUCGACUAUCUGAGCUAAGCCCUCACACGAAGAUCACGCUAUCAUCAUCAGGCUAUUCAAACGAUCAAAUAGCCCUAUCGUGGAUCAAGCACUUCGACGAGCACACUGCCGGCGCGGCCACAUCAGCGUAUCGUCUUCUAGUCAUCGAUGGUCACGGGUCUCACCAUACAAAGGAAUUUAUCGGCUAUUGCGCAAAGAAAAGGAUCAUCCCCUUCGCUCUUCCUCCACACCUCACACACCUAUUGCAACCGCUAGAUGUGGUUGUCUUCCAGCCAUUGAAACACUAUCACGCUAAGGCUCUUGAUGUGAUAAUUCGGGACGGCGUGGUCAACGUGACGAAGCUCGAAUUUCUCUCGCUAAUUGAGGGCGUGCGCAGACAAGCAUUCACAGCCAAGACGAUAAAAUCAGCCUUCAAGAAGACCGGCAUCUGGCCCUUCGACCCUGAUCUUGUGAUUAGGGCUGUUGAAGAGCGUGAGGCUGCCCUACGGACUCCAUCGCCACAGCCCUCAUUGCUAGCUUCAUCGGACUUCGAGACUCCUGUCACGCUACGGCAGAUCAAUAAGGUGGCCAACCGGAUUGGCGAGGCCCUUCAUGAGAUAGAUGACGACCUCGAUAACGACUUUUCGUGGGAUAUAGACCGCUUUAUCCGCGGCGCCCUCACAACAGCCGCAGAGCUUGUACAAGUGAAGAGGGACCUAUCGCGGACUAAGAAAGCCGAAUUAAUGCAGCGCCAACGCCGGGCGAUGAAGAAUCGGCCUCUUCAAUCAGGGGGCGUGCUGACGGUCGCAGAAGCCCGUGAUAUGGUGGUCCAACGCGAUGAGGAUGCUUUGGUGAAGGCCCAACGGCUCGUGGAUGCUGCCCAAAAGAAGCUACGUAACUUAUACAAACGGAAUGCCGAAGGAGCCGCCAAAAAGGCUCGUAAAUGGCGUAUGGAUAAGGUCACGGAUACGCUCGAGGUUUAUGACGAAAAUGGCAGUGUGAGAGCUCUCGACCGGCUGCUGGGGAUUCUGCCGGCUCCUCGUCGCAUCGACAUCGCGGCUCUCACAUCGACAUCAUCGCAUCCGCACAGCGCAACCUGCGAGGAUAAUGAAGGCGUCUCCGCGUACGCAAAGACGAUCAAGACGAUAGGCCACCCCAGCCGGCUCCAUGUCCCGCAAUGGCACAACGCCUGCCCUCCCCCACCGGGCGCCCCAAUGGUACCACCUUCAACAGCGCAGUCGCUCCAGCUUAGACCGCGCAUCAUCAGACGCAAAUAUCCCAGCCUCGCCGAGCAGUAG